AUGUUAGUUUAUUCGGAAUUAUUAACAGAUUAUUCAUUGAAGAGCAACCAAGCUAAAUGUGAUCGACUGAGUAAUAAAGAAAAGCGUCUACCUCGAUUUGCACUAUCAGAAAAAAACAAAAAUCGUCCACUUUAUGAAAAUCGAGUAAAUAUAACCUCUAAAUUCAACAGUUCUACAAAGACUUCAAUAGAUACUACAACAAUGAUGCAUUCAUAUCGUUUACCAAUGUUUCCUUCAUUAUUUUCAAAAUCGGAAAAUAUUCAUGAUCAUAAUGGGUUAAGAAGAAACAAGAUGUCUGAAAAUGAUGAUACAGAUUCAAAUAAUUCACGGAUUACAUUAGCUUCAAUUGUCAAUUCAGAUGAUUCACUUAAACAAAGGGAUAAUGAAUUCCUUAAUAGACAAUUUUCAUUUGGAAAUAAAUCUUCGUCUGCCACAAUUAAAAUGAAUUAUCUUAUAAAUGGUGAGAAGGGCUACAAUUCAGAAAUGAAUUGUCGUAACAGUGGUAAAUAUGAUAGUUCCAUGAACAUCUCGAGAGAAGACAUACAAAUAAAUAGAGGCGUAGGAACCAGAGAAGUGGAAUUAUCAAGAAAAGAUCCUCAAAUCAAUAGUUGGAAAUCCAACAGCAGUGAAAUGAGUAAUCUUUCUAAUCGUGCCAGACAUAUUGACAGAUUAUUCGGAGAACUGUCUAGGAAAAUGUACUGUUUAAGUGAAGAAAAUGGAUCAUUAAUGGAUAAUUUAUUUAAAGUUACAGAACAUUUGAAGUAUUUUAAGAAUUCCUUGCAAAAUCAUCAGCACAACCAGCUAUUAGGACAUCUUGAGUAUACAAACAAUAUAAAUAAUUUUAAUGAAUAUUCACAGUAUGAAAAUAGUAAAUCGGAUAAUUUAGGUCAACGUCAAUUAUCACCCAAUCAGAAUAUGAACUUCAAUCCCACAAAAGUACGAACAGAUACUGUUGUAAAUCUACAAGAAAAUCUAUUAUCAUAUUCGCAUCCAAAUAUAAAUCAAGAACGAAGUCACUUUACCAUUAAUAAUACCAAUAAUAAUGAUGGUAAUAACACUAAUGGUUUUAAUACAACGAAGAAUAAUAAUGAUAUUAACACUAGGCAUAUAAAUAUAAAUAAUAAUCGCAAUACUUGCACAGUGAAAAAGUGUGCAGAAACACUUCCCGGUUAUAAAACACAAAUUAACAACACUACUGAACAAAAUGUACAAAAGAAUGACGAUACAAAGCCUCAUCUCCUGCAAUCCAAUAAGAUCCCACACCAGAUUUUCACCAGAGCCAAUCGAUUUUCUACAAUUAAUUUAACAGCUUCAUUAUUUCGAACUGCUUCAAAAGAAAGAUCUAGAAAAAAGGUUGCAUAA